AGGCAGUGUUUCUUCUGGGUUCUUUCAAAACCUGAAACCAUGGAUGAUAGGAUUAGACGCCAAGGAGGAUGUGAAAGUUAUCAUCAAGAUGCACGGAGAGCAUCCACAAGAUCCCAGUACAGAAAACCGCCUUCUGGGCCCUGGCACCCUACUGUACCUACAUGGGAGAAGAAGUUUUGCACCAUAGUUGGUUCAGUUCCUUGGAGAAAAAUCUUGGAAGCCAAGAAGGUAAUGCCUUUCCAUGAGAAUGUGCUCAAGUGGAAUGAUUCAGCUGGCAGACAGGCAUUCGACAAUGCAAAGAGCCGCUUUUGGGCAGAGAUCAAUGGCCUCCCCUGUGAAAUUUCUCUGCCUGACCCAGAUAUCUACAUUGAUGAAAUUGCCUGGAACUGUGAUAUUGAUCCAGAGCUGUUGUUGGAUUUAGAGCAAGAACCGCUACCUUUUGAUAAAGAUGACAAAGAGGGGAAGUCUACGCUUGUUGUUGAUUCUCUCUUCUUAAAUCAGUCAGUUCCAUGCUCCGGAUGGGGUGAUGCAGAGGAAGAUCCAGUUGGAAAUGUUGAUGACUCAUCGGAACCAGGAUUGCAAGUUUGUGUUCCAAAUGCCAAUAAUGCUGACAAUCCUUGGGAGCGUGAAUGUGAUUGGGGAAACAACACUUUUGAGAAUAGCACACGGGGAGACCCUAGGGAUAUCUCAUGGGAAAGCAACCACAGGGAGAAGAAUAACAAUAACUGGGAGAAUCCAGAACCCAGGAACAAUGCAAGUUGGGGGACAUGGAAUGAGAAUUACAGAAAGAGAGAUGGUGCCAGUCAAUACAUGUCUUGGGAAAGAGAGAAGGAUCCAGUUGGAACCAUUGAUGACUCAUCAGAACCAGGAUUGCAAGUUUCUGUUCAUAACGCCAAUAAUGCUGACAAUCCUUGGGAGCGUGAAUGUGAUUGGGGGAACAAUACUUUAGAGGAUAGCACAAGGGGAGACCCUAGGGGUAACUCAUGGGAAAGCAACCAAUGGGAGAAGAAUAACAAUAACUGGGAGAAUCCAGAACCCAGGAACAAUGCAAGUUGGAGGACAUGGAAUGAGAAUUACAGAAAGAGAGAUGGUGCCAGUCAAUACAUGUCCAGGUAUAAAACAUCAAGGUUUCAAGGAGAUUACAACCAAACAGAUAAUGGGUGGAAGAAUGGUCGAGGUAGGAAGAGGGUAAAUUUAUUUUAUGAGCGCCCACGAGUGGAUAAAAAACCUUUAGCUUCACAACGGUGGAACUCAAUCCAUUCUUGCUGGCCAAUUAGUCAUCGUGGAUCCAGGGAAUCAGGCAAUCCGUGGAGUUGGGAGAAUUCUGUUUCUUAGUAAUGAAUGACCUUGAUCUAUCAAUCUUAUUUGAUUUUUUGCAGUAUAACUGAGUUAAAAUACCCACUUCAAUUUGCAAUUCUGCUCAAAUUGCAAUGGGAUAAUAUACUAGCUUCUUAUUUCAAUCUUGUGUAUGUAUGUAGUCAAUUUUCUUGAGCUAGUCCCCCGUCCUAUAUUGAAAGGGCGUGGGUGUAUGUAAACAAUGAAAACAAGCCAUUUUUUUUUUCU